CGAUCGAUGCUUUCUUCCGCGCCCCGAGAGCCGCCAUUUUUGAGGACAGGGGAGGAGAAACAAGCAGGGGCGGCAGAGGUUCAAUGGGAUGCUGACUAGGUUUCGCUUUUCGUCCCAGCCCUGUGGGGCCGGGACGGAGGAACCCAUCAAAGCCCUUCCUCCCCCCGCCUCUCCGGAAUGAGGUCUCAGCACCCGCGCCGGACAGCACCCUUCCUCCUGCGACAGAGCCUAAGAAGAGGCCGAAACCGAGACCAUGCCUGGGAAGCUGAAGGUGAAAAUCGUGGCCGGGCGCCAUUUGCCAGUGAUGGACCGUGCUAGUGACCUGACUGAUGCCUUCGUGGAGGUAAAAUUUGGUAAUACCACCUUUAAAACAGAUGUGUACCUUAAGUCACUCAACCCUCAGUGGAAUUCAGAGUGGUUUAAAUUUGAGGUGGAUGAUGAAGACUUACAGGAUGAACCUUUACAGAUCACAGUUCUUGACCAUGAUACUUACAGUGCAAAUGAUGCCAUUGGUAAAGUGUACAUUGAUAUUGAUCCUUUACUGUAUAGUGAAGCUGCAACAGUCAUCUCAGGAUGGUUUCCAAUUUAUGACACCAUACAUGGUAUCCGUGGGGAAAUCAAUGUAGUUGUCAAAGUAGACCUCUUCAAUGAUUUAAAUCGAUUUAGGCAGUCAUCAUGUGGAGUCAAAUUCUUUUGCACAACGUCUAUUCCAAAGUGCUAUAGAGCUGUGAUAAUUCAUGGAUUUGUAGAAGAACUUGUGGUCAAUGAAGACCCAGAAUAUCAGUGGAUUGAUCGAAUUCGCACACCAAGGGCAUCAAAUGAGGCCAGACAGAGACUCAUUUCAUUAAUGUCAGGUGAGCUGCAGAGGAAGAUUGGCUUGAAAGUACUUGAAAUGAGAGGAAAUGCAGUUGUGGGGUACUUACAGUGUUUUGAUCUGGAGGGCGAGUCUGGGUUAGUGGUGCGAGCCAUAGGAACAGCGUGUACUCUGGAUAAAUUAAGUAGCCCAGCGGCAUUCCUUCCUGCAUGUAAUUCCCCAUCUAAAGAAAUGAAGGAGAUUCCCUUCAAUGAAGAUCCCAAUCCCAAUACUCACUCAUCAGGACCCUCAACCCCUCUGAAAAACCAAACCUAUUCCUUUUCACCUUCCAAGUCCUACAGUCGACAGUCCUCUUCUUCUGACACAGAUUUGAGUUUGACACCCAAAACUGCACCUUACCCACAGGGACCUAGGAUUUACCUGUGUCCCAGCUCCCCCUCUCUCUCUUGUGGUUCCCUUCAUCUUAAAAAGUCCUGUCUCCUCCUCUCGGAAUCUAGCCUUACCCCUCAUCAUUCUAGCCUUGUCAGCCCAGUUCUGAGGAAAAGUGUUUCUUUCAGUGAAGAGUUGUUCCUGGCUGCUUCUGGAAUGGGAAGUGGUAGUGCUGGAAAAGAAGGGGGGCCCUUUAAAGCUCUUUUAAGACAACAGACUCAAUCAGCGUUGGAACAGAGGGAAUUUCCAUUUUUUACCUUGACGGCAUUUCCUCCUGGAUUCCUUGUACACGUUGGGGGUGUAGUUAGUGCACGUUCUGUGAAGCUUUUGGAUCGUAUCCACAAUCCUGAUGAACCAGAAACUCGAGAUGCAUGGUGGGCAGAAAUCAGACAAGAAAUAAAAUCACAUGCUAAAGCAUUAGGCUGUCAUGCUGUAGUGGGCUACAGUGAAUCAACUAGCAUCUGUGAAGAGGUCUGCAUUUUAUCUGCAUCUGGCACAGCGGCUGUACUGAAUCCUAGAUUUCUGCAGGAUGGCACCGUGGAAGGCUGUUUGGAACAGAGGCUUGAAGAAAAUUUGCCUACACGUUGUGGAUUUUGCCAUAUACCAUAUGAUGAACUGAAUAUGCCAUUUCCGGCUCAUCUCACAUAUUGCUAUAACUGCAGGAAACAAAAAGUUCCUGAUGUUCUGUUUACAACUAUAGACCUCCCAACAGAUGCAACAGUUAUUGGAAAAGGUUGUCUUAUUCAAGCAAGAUUAUGUCGCUUAAAAAAGAAAGCACAGGCAGAAGCAAAUGCUACAGCUAUCAGUAAUCUCUUGCCAUUUAUGGAAUAUGAAGUGCAUACUCAGCUAAUGAAUAAACUAAAACUCAAAGGAAUGAAUGCUUUGUUUGGACUAAGAAUUCAGAUCACAGUGGGUGAAAAUAUGUUGAUGGGCUUAGCGUCUGCCACAGGUGUAUAUUUAGCAGCUUUACCAACUCCUGGUGGUAUUCAGAUUGCUGGGAAGACUCCUAAUGAUGGCUCAUAUGAACAACACAUCUCUCAUAUGCAGAAGAAGAUAAAUGACACAAUUGCUAAAAACAAAGAGUUAUAUGAAAUCAAUCCUCCAGAGAUAUCUGAAGAGAUUAUAGGAUCACCCAUCCCAGAACCUAGGCAACGCUCAAGACUUCUAAGAUCUCAAUCAGAAAGCUCGGAUGAAGUUACAGAAUUAGACCUUUCACAUGGGAAAAAAGAUGCUUUUGUUUUGGAGAUUGAUGACACAGAUGCCAUGGAAGAUGUCCAUUCUCUACUUACUGAUGUUCCUCCUCCUUCAGGAUUUUAUAGUUGUAAUACAGAAAUUAUGCCCGGUAUAAAUAACUGGACAUCUGAAAUACAGAUGUUCACUUCAGUAAGAGUAAUCAGAUUAAGCAGCCUCAACCUGACUAAUCAAGCUCUCAAUAAGAACUUUAAUGAUCUCUGUGAAAAUUUGCUCAAGAGCCUGUACUUUAAACUACGAUCUAUGAUCCCCUGCUGCCUUUGCCAUGUAAAUUUUACAGUAUCUCUGCCUGAAGAUGAAUUAAUUCAGGUUACAGUCACAGCAGUCGCAAUAACUUUUGACAAAAAUCAGGCUUUACAAACCACAAAAACCCCUGUUGAAAAGUCAUUACAAAGAGCCUCUACAGAUAAUGAAGAACUUUUACAAUUUCCACUGGAACUAUGUUCAGAUUCACUUCCUUCUCAUCCUUUUCCACCAGCUAAAGAACACCUGGAGAGUGCAAGUUCUAACUCAGGUAUACCAGCUGCACAGAGAGCAACGUCAGUUGAUUACAGUUCCUUUGCAGACAGAUGCAGCAGCUGGAUAGAGCUCAUUAAACUGAAAGCUCAGACCAUAAGGCGUGGAUCAAUUAAGACAACCGUGACAGUUGAAAAAGCAAGUCCAGUGGGUGAUGGAAAUUUCCGGAAUCGUUCUGCUCCACCUUGUGCAAAUUCCACAGUUGGGGUUGUUAAGAUGACACCUCUUUCUUUUAUUCCUGGAGCAAAAAUAACUAAGUAUCUUGGGAUAAUUAACAUGUUUUUUAUUCGAGAGACUACUUCUCUUCGGGAGGAAGGAGGAGUCAGUGGUUUUCUCCAUGCUUUUAUUGCUGAAGUGUUUGCAAUGGUGAGAGCUCAUGUUGCUGCAUUAGGAGGGAAUGCUGUUGUCUCCUACAUAAUGAAGCAGUGUGUCUUCAUGGAGAAUCCAAAUAAAAACCAGGCGCAGUGUCUUAUAAAUGUAAGUGGUGACGCAGUGGUUUUUGUUCGUGAAUCUGACUUAGAAGUGGUGUCAUCUCAGCAACCUACUACCAACUGCCAGUCAUCAUGUACUGAAGGCGAAGUUACAACCUGAGGAAAAUUAGGAAAAAAGAGCUCAACUAAAUGAAAUUCAUCAAUCUCUGUUAUUUUGUCGUUAAUUAUCUUCUUAGACUUAAAAUUGAACUUGAGAUAAAUAAGGAAGAAUUGAGUAGAUUUGAUUUGCCUGGAGUCUUUUGGAGGCAUGAGAAUUUUCUAAUCUUGACAUUUUGUUUGCCUGUUCUAGACAGGCCCUAUGGGGUCUUGACCCUUCAGUAAGUUAAGAUAAAUUUUUAAAAGAACUGUAGCAAAGAUGGAACCUUUGUAAUUUAUGUUGAUUUUAAUAAAAUCAUAAUUUAAAAAAUGAAAUGGGAAGAUUGUUAGGAAAUUAGGAUAGCUACUCUAGUGUAAUUUAGAAAAACUAAGCAAGAGAUUCUCCAGUUGUUAGCGAGUAAGCACUCUGAUUUGAGAAAUGUGUGGGGACAAUGGGGAAAAGUUUUCAGAAAACUACUAUGUAGAUUUCUGAAUGUGUUUUAUUUUGCUGAGGAAUUUGGUAACAACUGAAGGGAAAAGUGCUUCAGCCAUCUUUUGAAAUAAGUUAAAAUUCUGGAACUUGUAUCUGUAAUGCAUCCUAACUCUUGUAAAAGAAAAUAAUUUAUCAUAGCUGGUGUCCUUUCAUUGAAAGUUUUAAUACUGUCUCUAAGGAGGGAGGAAAAGAUUAUUAUAUAAUUUUAUAACUGGCAACAUUUGAGUUAGUAUUGACUUUGUCUAAAAGAGGCUUGACUUCAACCGGGAUAAAAAUGUCAGUGAAUUUUGUUAAAGUAGUAAAAAUACAGUUGACUUAGUAGGAACAUAAAAUUAUUUUCUAAUAAGAUAAUAUUGCACUCCUACCAAAUAGGAUUUUAGUAAUAUCUGAGGGAUUGUUGAUAGUGAGUUAGACUGUAUUUGGCAUAGAAUUUGGAAAUGUAACUUGAAUGUAAAUAUGCUGCAAAAUGUUGAAUGUAUACAUAGAAAGACUUUUUCUGUCGACGCCAAAUGCCCGUUGUAAAUGAACCUUAAAUAUUACAUUCCUCCUUUGCACAAUAAUAUUUCUUUAUAACACUUAUGUUUUUUUCCCCCAGGACAACAAACUGCCCUUAAGAGUCAUUUCCUUGUUAUCACAGGUGUCAAUAUUUUUCUGUAUUUUGUUUAUAAUUUUAUUUUUUAAAUAAAAAGUUUAUAAAAAUAAA